UCACCCACAAUUUUGACACUUCUGCUUCUUCGUCUUCGCGUUUUUUUUUUAUUGUGACACUGCAAGAGACGUUUAUUGUGCAUUAUUUUAGUUAAAUUCGUUUUUAAGCAUAUAGUUUAAUAUUUAAUUUAUUACGAUGGCCGAAUUUCUGGAUUCCGAGGCCGAGGAAUCUGAGGAGGAGGAAGAAUUGGACGUGCACGAGCGCAAGAAACUCAAGAAGUUGAAGGCCGCGGUCUCCGACAGCAGCGAGGAGGAAGAAGAUGACGAGGAGCGGCUGCGCGAAGAGCUCAAGGAUCUAAUUGACGAUAAUCCCAUCGAGGAGGAUGACGGCAGUGGCGAUGACUCUGACACCGGUAGCGGUGGCGAUGACGAAGGCGGUGGAGGUAGCGGCAAAAAGCGUAAAAAGCAUGAAGACGAUGAUCUGGACGAUCGGCUGGAGGAUGAUGACUACGAUUUGAUUGAAGAGAAUCUGGGUGUUAAAGUCGAGAGACGGAAACGGUUCAAGCGUCUGCGUCGCAUCCAUGACAAUGAGAGCGAUGGCGAGGAGCAGCAUGUGGACGAGGGUUUGGCCCGCGAACAAAUCGCCGAGCAGCUGUUCGAUGAGAACGAUGAGAGCGUUGAGCAUCGCAGCGAGAGAAGUCCCAGAGAGGCGGAUGACUUUGGCGAGGAUGACUCGGAGUCGGAUGCAGAUGAUUUCAUUGUGGAUGACAAUGGACGUCCCAUAGCCGAGAAGAAGAAGAAGCGAAGACCCAUCUUUACAGAUGCAUCCCUGCAGGAGGGCCAGGACAUCUUCGGCGUGGACUUUGACUACGACGACUUUUCCAAGUACGAGGAGGACGAGUACGAGGAAGAUUCCGAGGGAGAUGAGUACGACGAUGAUCUGGGCGCCGGCGAAGAAUCCCGCGUCAAGAAGAAGAAGGCUCUCAAAAAGAAGGUGGCCAAGAAGACAAUCUUCGACAUUUAUGAACCCAGCGAACUGAAGCGCGGUCACUUUACCGACUUGGACAAUGAGAUUCGCCAGACAGACAUACCCGAGCGGAUGCAGCUGCGCCAGGUGCCCGUCACUCCCGUCUUUGAGGGCUCCCAUGAGCUGGAUGACGAGGCCGACUGGAUCUAUAGGUUCGCCUUCUGCAAACAGACCGUUUCCGAGCAGGAAAAGGCCGACAGUCGCGAGAAACUGCGCAAGCCACCGACGGCAGUCAACAAGAUCAAGCAGACCCUGGAGUUCAUACGCAACCAGCAGUUGGAGGUGCCCUUCAUUGCCUUCUACCGCAAAGAGUAUGUCAAGCCAGAGCUAAACAUCGACGACCUGUGGAAGAUCUACUACUACGAUGAGCGCUGGUGCCAGCUGACCGAGCGGAAGCGCAAGCUAAAAGCUCUCUUCGAGAAGAUGCGACAGUUCCAGCUGGACACGCUCUGCGCGGAUCCGGAAAAGCCACUCCCAGAUGACGUCCGCCUGAUGCCCGACAGUGACUUUGAGCGCCUGGCCGAUGUCCAGUCGAUGGAGGAGUUAAAGGACGUCCACAUGUACUUCCUCCUGAACUACUCCCAUGAGCUGCCGCGCAUGCAGGCAGAGCAGCGACGCAAGCAGCUCCAAGAGCGUCGCGAGGCCAAGGCACGUCGCCAGGCGGCGGCUGCCGAGAAUGGCGAGGAUGCGGCGGCAGCGGCGACGGCGGAGGGAGCUCCAACCAACAUACCCGAGCCGGAGAACGACGACGACGAGCAGGAGCUGGUGGACGAUCAGCUGAAGCAGGCGCCCAACAGCAGUCCCUAUGCGGUGUUCCGCAAGGCGGGCAUCUGUGGCUUUGCCAAGCACUUUGGCCUCACGCCGGAACAGUUUGCGGAGAAUUUGCGCGACAAUUACCAGCGCAAUGAGGUCACCCAGGAGAGCGUCGGUCCCACGGAGCUGGCCAAGCAGUAUCUAUCGCCGCGCUUCAUGACCGUUGACGAGGUGCUGCACGCGGCCAAGUAUGUGGUGGCCCGCCAGCUGGCCCAGGAGCCCCUGCUCCGCAAGACCAUGCGGGAAGUGUACUUCGAUAGGGCACGCCUCAACAUUCGGCCCACCAAGAACGGCAUGGUGCUAAUCGACGAGAACUCGCCGGUGUAUCCCAUGAAGUAUGUGGCCAAGAAGCCGGUGGGUGAUCUCUUUGGCGACCAGUUCAUCAAGCUGAUGAUGGCCGAGGAGGAGAAGCUGCUGGAGAUCACAUUUCUCGAGGAGUUCGAGGGCAAUGCCAGUGCCAACGGGCCGCCCGGCGACUAUGUGGAGGAGGCCAAGGCAUUGUACCACCUCGAUCAGUUCUCCAAGCAUGUCCUCGAGUGGAAUGCUCUGCGUGCCGACUGCGUGAAGCUGGCUUUGCAGAAGUGGGUCAUCCCGGACCUGAUCAAGGAGCUGCGCGCCACGCUGCAUGAAGAGGCGCAGCAGUUCGUUCUGCGCUCCUGCACGGCCAAGCUGUACAAGUGGCUCAAGGUGGCACCCUACAAGCCACAGCUGCCCGCCGACUUUAACUACGAUGAGUGGAGCACGCUGCGUGGCAUCCGGGUGCUGGCCCUGGCCUACGAUCCGGACCAGUCGGUGGCCGCCUUCUGUGCAGUAACCACCGUGGAGGGUGAUAUAUCCGACUAUCUGCGACUCCCGAACAUCCUCAAGCGCAAGAACUCUCACAAUGCCGAGGAAAAGGCCCAGAAGCUGGCCGAUCUGCGCAAGCUGAGCGACUUCAUCAAGAUGAAAAAGCCGCACAUAGUGGUGAUUGGGGCAGAGUCACGCGACGCCCAAACCAUCCAGGCGGACAUCAAGGAGAUACUCAAGGAGCUGGAGACAUCCGAGCAGUUUCCGCCCAUCGAGGUAGAGAUUAUCGACAACGAGCUGGCCAAGAUCUAUGCCAAUUCCAAGAAGGGUGAGUCCGAUUUCAAGGAGUACCCGGCUUUGCUCAAGCAGGCCGUCUCCCUGGCCCGCAAGAUGCAGGAUCCCCUCGUGGAAUACUCGCAGCUGUGCGAUGCGGAUGACGAGAUUCUCUGCCUGCGGUACCAUCCGCUGCAGGAGCGGGUGCCGCGCGAACAGCUGCUGGAGCAGCUCAGUCUGGAGUUCAUCAACCGGACCAGCGAGGUGGGCCUGGACAUCAACCUAAUGGUGCAGAAUGCCCGCACCACCAACCUGCUGCAGUACACCUGCGGCCUGGGUCCGCGCAAGGGUCAGGCGUUGCUGAAGCUGCUCAAGCAGAGCAACCAGCGGCUGGAGAACCGCACCCAGCUGGUCACCGUGUGCCACCUGGGGCCGAAGGUCUUCAUCAACUGCAGCGGCUUCAUAAAGAUCGAUACAUCCUCGCUGGGCGACAGUACUGAGGCGUAUGUGGAGGUCCUCGACGGAUCCCGUGUGCAUCCCGAGACCUACGAGUGGGCCCGCAAGAUGGCCAUCGAUGCCAUGGAGUACGAUGACGAGGAGACCAAUCCGGCCGGAGCCCUUGAAGAAAUUUUAGAGUCGCCGGAACGUCUCAAGGAUCUCGAUCUGGACGCCUUUGCCGUGGAGCUGGAGCGUCAGGGUUUUGGCAGCAAGAGCAUCACCCUGUACGACAUCCGGAACGAGCUGAGCUGCCUGUACAAGGACUAUCGCUCGGAGUAUACCAAGCCCAGUGCGGAGGAACUUUUCGACAUGCUGACCAAGGAGACGCCCGACUCCUUCUACGUGGGCAAGUGCGUGACGGCCAUGGUGACGGGCUUCACCUACCGCCGGCCGCAGGGCGAGCAGCUGGACAACGCGAAUCCCGUGCGCAUCGACACCAGCGACAGCUGGCAGUGUCCCUUCUGCCACAAGGAUGACUUCCCCGAGCUAUCGGAGGUGUGGAAUCACUUUGAUGCCAACGCCUGUCCCGGCCAGGCGUCAGGAGUGCGUGUGCGGCUGGAGAACGGCCUGCCCGGCUUUAUACACAUCAAGAAUCUGUCGGAUAAACAGGUUCGCAAUCCGGAGGAGCGCGUCCGUGUCUCCCAGAUGAUUCAUGUGCGGAUCAUUAAGAUCGACAUUGAUCGGUUUUCGGUGGACUGCUCCUCGAAGACAGCAGACCUCAAGGAUGUGAACAACGAGUGGCGGCCACGCAGGGAUGCCUUUUACGACUUUGUCACCGAGGAGCUGGACAACCGGAAGGCCAGCGAUGCGAAGGCCAAGGCGCUGAAGCGCAAGACCUACGCCCGCCGGGUUAUAGCCCAUCCCAGCUUCUUUAACAAAUCCUAUGCCGAGGUGGUGGCCAUGCUGGCGGAGGCAGACCAGGGUGAGGUGGCCAUACGACCGAGCAGCAAGUCCAAGGAUCAUCUAACCGCCACGUGGAAGGUGGCCGACCUCAUCUUCCAGCACAUUGAUGUGCGCGAGGAAGGCAAGGAGAAUGAGUACAGCCUGGGGCGCAGCCUCUGGAUUGGCACCGAGGAGUUUGAGGAUCUGGACGAGAUCAUAGCGCGACACAUCAAUCCUAUGGCAGUAGCCGCCCGGGAGCUCAUCCAGUACAAGUACUACAAGCCGAACAAGGCGCCGGCCAAUGUCAACGAGCGCGACUUUAUGGAGCAGGUGCUGCGCGACGAGAAGACGCGAGACCCCAAGAAGAUCCACUACUUCUUCACGGCAUCGUGGAGCAUGCCCGGCAAGUUCCUGCUGUCCUACUUGCCCAAGACCAAGGUGCGGCACGAGUAUGUGACGGUGAUGCCCGAGGGCUAUCGCUUCCGCGGCCAGAUCUUCGACUCGAUCAACAGUCUGCUGCGCUGGUUCAAGGAGCACUGGCUGGAUCCGACUGCCUCGCCGGCCUUCACCUCGUCGGGCUCGAAUGCCACCCCGCUGCAUGGCCUGCACAGCAUGCGUCCGCCGCCCUCGGCCUCGGCCUCCUUACUCUCCUCAUCCCAGCCGCCGUACAGCCUCAGCAGUAAUUUAAGCGGCACGCCUCGCAGUGCCAUCAGUAGCUCCGGCGGUGUGGGCAGCUCCAGCACCAGCGGCGGUGGAGGAGCUAGUGGUGCUGGUGGUGGUGGUGGUGGCGGCAGUUCCAGCGCCUACUCCGUAUCGCAUUCCAUUGUGAGCUAUGGCGCCACCACAAACGCCUCCCUGGCGGCGGCAGCUGCCUCAGCGAGUGCUGCCUCCCACUAUGGCGGCCUCUCGUCAACGCCCUCGUUUGGAGCCAUCAUCAACACUCCGUACACGCCCAGUGGCCAGACACCGUUCAUGACGCCCUACACGCCGCAUGCCUCGCAGACGCCGCGCUAUGGCCACAAUGUCCCAAGUCCCAGCUCCCAAUCCUCGUCCAGCCAGCUGCAUCACUAUGGCAGCUCUGCCACAGGCACCACGCCCAGGAGCUACUAUGACAUGGGUGGUGGUGGAGCUGGCAGCGGCAGUGGCGGUUCGAAUGCCUACAGCAUGCAGCCGCAUCACCAGCAACGUGCCAAAGAGAACCUCGACUGGCAGCUGGCCAAUGAUUCCUGGGCAAGACGCAGACCACAAUCCCAGCAGCAACAGCAGCAGCAGCAACAACAACAGCAGCAGCACCAUCAUCCGCAGCAGCAGGGAAUGGGCAUGAACAUGGGCAUGGGAAUGGGUGGCAGCGGUGGAGGUUACAACUCCACCCCUGGCAAUGAUUACCACAGCAGCAGCGGGCACAAUCGCAGCAUGGGAGUUAACCAUGGACAUGGACAUGGACACGGGCAUGGACAUGGGCAUGGGCAUGGGCAUGGGCAUGGGCAUGGGCAUGGUCAUGGGCACGGUCAUGGUCACGGGCACGGCUCGGGAGCAUUAUCCUCGAAGGUGUCUGUGCGGAGUACGCCGCGGACCAACACCUCGCCGCACUCGAUGAAUCUGGGCGAUGCCACGCCCCUCUACGACGAGAACUAACUAACGUAAAGAACACUAACAUAACUAUAUAUAGCAUGUACGGAACGAGAACAGAACCGAACAGAACAGAGAUCAGAGAACAGAACACAGAACCCUACAAUAAUAAUACACACACGCAGCUGGCGGAGAGGCAGCUGCACCCUAAUCUUAGUAAGUUGAUGUGCGUUUGGCAUUGAUCCUCAACGAUAACUAGUGUUAAGUGCAAAUCGAAACUAAUCGCGUUAUAUAUAAAUAUAUAAAAACACCUCUAUACAUAUAAUCCGAAAUUGUCAGGAGUCACGGCGACGAGUCCGAGGGAGUCAAGAGUGGAAAGUGAAAAGUCGAAACUCGGAAAUCAGAAGUCAAAAGUCAAAGGUAGAAAGCAGCUAACAGCAACAGCUGAAGCUGAACUAAAGUUUGUGACGAAGGCGAAGGACGAAAAAUAAAUUUGAAUUUUUUCUGACCAGAAACAGUA